CAUUGCGACCAAUGCAGAGAGAUGGAGGCGGGCUCAGUGGUGCAGGAGGACAUUACAUUCCGAGGAGUGGAGUUUGCUGUGAAGAUAGAACUAAAAGAAGGAUUGCUAAUAGUCGAGAUCUCUGAUGCAAUGACAGCUGACCAGUGGAGGGGAGGGUUUGACCCAGCAUACAUCGAAGACCUAACUCGCAAAACAGGCAACUUCAAGCAGUUUCCCAUCUUCUGCAGCAUGUUGGAAUCUGCUGUUAGUAAGACUAGUGAGUCUGUUACCCUUGACCUCUUGACCUAUGCUGACCUGGAGCUCUUGCGGAACCGGAAGGCUGGAGUCGUUGGUCGUCCCCGAGCCCAACAGCAAUCUCCUAACCUCAGUGCCAAAAGAUAUCUAAUUCUUAUCUACACUGUGGAAUUUGACAGAAUCCACUACCCCCUGCCCCUGCCCUACCAUGGCAAGCCUGACCCUGCCGCCCUGCAGAAGGACAUCAGAGCCCUGAAGACUGAGCUAAACGCCCUGGCCAACCAUGCAGGUCACAAACCAGCAGAGCCAGAGAUACGCCGGCUACGGGCAGAACUCACGUUGGUCAGAGAGGAGAAAGAGGCUCUGGCCAAGGCUCUGGAGCGUCUGCAGUUAGUGAGGUCUGCUUCCACCCCUGGAGGAGGGGCUCGGGGGCUGAGAGAGGUGGUCAGGAGUUUAGAGGACCAGCUCCUCAGAGAGAGGGCCAAGAGUCAGCGCUCAGCCAGCAAGAGGGGCCAGGAGCAGCGCCUCCUACUGGAGCAGUUGGAGGAGCUAAGGGCAUCGGAGCGAGCUCUACGGAUUCGCGUUAAGAGUUUGACCAAUGAACUGGCGUUGCUAAGACGAGGUGGGGUGACCCCUGCCCUUUCUGGGUGCAGUGCCUCGCGGGGUGAUGGGGAGAUCAGGCGUUCACUGUCCCGGGAACGUAGUUUGGGACGUGUUGUAGUUCGGGCUCACUCAGGGUCCAGAGAGAGGACAGAAGAGAGGGGUCGGAGGUCAGAAGGCCAGAGGGCAGACUCCUCAGGGCCCCGCUCGUAUGUUGCCAGACCCUCACCUUCUCCCACAGGUUCGCGGACGCCACGCUUUGACCCCACUGCAUAUAUCCAGGACAGACAGCGCCGACUGAGAGAGGCGGAACUCAAAAAGUCAGUCUCAUCUCCCUCUAUCCAUUUCACCAGCCAGAGAAAGGUCAGAAGAGAAAUGUUAGCGUCACCUGUUCUGGAGAGGGGCCUAGAGAGGGGGCGGUCUCGGUCCAGGGAGGCUUAUCCCCAGCUGACCAGGGCAGGCAGUGGGAGCAGAGGGAGGAGCUUAUCAAUUGAGAGUAUGAGAAGCAGACAGUCCUCUGAGAAUUCAUUGGUGGAGUUGGAUGAGUUGACAAUCAGAGGAAGGAAGCAGACCUACAAUGGUCCAACCAUGCCCAGAGGAAGACAUUUGACCAGGAAGCCCCAUUGUAGCACUCCCACACACAGGGUACGAUCAGACAAAGAAGGCUCCAUAGAUGGGGCUGACCUGUCAGAGAUCGAUGCCCGGCUGCAGGCCCUACAGGACUACAUGAGGGACCUGGACACGGGACACUAAACCCUAGGCAGGAAAAAUUUGUUCUAAGACUUCCCUGUGCUGCAAACUUAGACCAAGGACUACUACUAUUCGACAUUACUAGUCGACACUGUGACUAAACAAGAUCACUGCACUACACUGUGAUAUUUUAGCACACAUUAUCAGCUGAUAGGCUUUUGCAAGUGCAAACACAGAUGGAUGCACACACUGCUUAUUUUGUCACCCUCUGUGAGACGGUGCCUGAUCUGUGGAUAAAGAUACCACUGUGAAGGCUGUUAAGCCACUGUUAGUGUAUUGAACUAGAACUGAGGCAUGACUGGUUUUAUAACUUAUGCAUUGUGUCUGUUGAUGUGACCGUAAUACCCCAUUCCCCCCCCCCCCUUUUUUAACGAG